ACAACAGAGCAAGGAGGAAUGACACCAGUGCGCAAUUGCGCAUGAGUGAGUUCGAAGCGUCGUCAUCGUUUUAAGACUCAGUUACGAUACGUGGCUCUGUUUAGAACUAUUACCGAGCGACUGUAUUCGGUCCCAUUCCUCCUCUUGCAUCCUAAAACAAAGCCUGUAGCAAUGGAUCAAGUGGUGCAGUUUGUGGAGCCAGGAAGGCAGUUUGUCAAAGACUCCAUAAGGCUGGUGAAGAGAUGCACAAAACCUGACAGAAAAGAAUUCCAGAAGAUCGCCCUGGCCACAGCAAUUGGUUUUGCAAUCAUGGGCUUUAUCGGAUUUUUCGUGAAACUCAUUCACAUCCCCAUUAAUAACAUUAUUGUGGGUGGCUAACCAGAAUCCCUUCUAAACUGAGAUCCAUGACUUGGUUAUGGGACUUGAAUCGUGACAUGGAAUGAUUUAUUCUUUUGUAUGUCUUAAUUUAACAUGUCUGAAACAUUUGUAUUUUGUGAAUAAAUCCGCCUAUCAGUCUUUGCA